GAGGUGGGCAGAGACACUGCCACAGGUCCCAUCUCCCAACAAAGGGAUGCUGUGGACCAGAAGUGGUAUUCUGUGGCACAUUCCAUCCAAACGCCAAAGCUUCGCGGCGUUUGAAACACGCGCACAGUUCAGGCGUCUCCUCGGUUUCGGUCGAGUCCUCUGGGCCCUUCUCCCCUUUGAUUCUCCACCGGCCACUUUCAGCUCCUGGGGUGGCCCCGGCUUCCAUAGAAAUCUCUGAGGCCCCGACUGGCCUCGUCUUCAGGGCGAUGACGCUCCUGAGCCCUUCUUCCUCGAAGUCCACACCCUCCCCCAGGGACCCCCGCCACUCGGCGAGGCCCGCUGUCCACCUGCCCCCGGGGAGUCCCGGGGAGGCGCCGCGGGGCUGCCUGCCUCCCCUCUGAGCGCCAGUCCCCCCCGGGCCGCGGCUCGCCUCUACCCACCCCCUACUCGGGCCCCUUCCCCGAGGUAGGCUGGUUACACAGCCCGACGGUUCAGCAGUUUGUUCCCAACGCCCACGCGCGGCUGGUAGCACUUGUGGACGGUGUGGCCCACGGAGGCCCCGAACCCUGACCUGGUGCCACCCGCCAGCCGGGGGCGCCCCGAGACCACGGGACUUCCGUCUCAAAUACAAAGACGCGCUGGGGCAUCUCUGGGGGCUGCCGUCGAACAAAGGCGCGAGUUCAGAAGUGCUUGUUACAGAGCUGGUGGCUCUUCCACAGACCCCAUCAGAGGGUCCGGUCGUUUAAGAGCCAGACGGAUAACCAGGAGGCUACCUCCUUCCGGAGGACCCACACGGCCCUGUGCAGUCAUGGCCCCCUCACCAAGCUGUCCCUGCCCGGGCCACCGGUCACCCCAGGGAGGGCGGUCCCCAGGGGGUGGUUUUCGUGGCAUCCCGCGGUCACAGAAGUGUCAGCCACCGUCUGGUCUCCCCGCAGACUCACUCCUGCUCUGUCCUCCCUCCCUGGCGAGGCCCCGUCCCUCAGUGGGAGAAUCAGGAGAUCAGGGUCCGGAUUCCACGGGGCUUCUCGAGGCGACAAGAGGCGGGGCGGGCCAGGGGUGCCGGUCUCCGUCGCUGCGCAUCAGCCGUUGGGGUCGUGGGGACAGUCGUGGAGCAAACAUGAGUGGGGGCUCGCUGGGCGGACAGAGGGGUGGGCCCGUCGCGGUGCCACGCUGGCGCCUUGGAGCCUCCCGGGCUCUGACGCGCGCUGCUCUCUCGGCCCUCGCUGGUGGGUCGUUAGCAGGACAGGUCAGGUCCGGUUGGGGAAUGGUGGUCCUCUCCAGUUUUUACCAACUAGGUGAAAAGUGAGGUGAUAAGUUCCCCUAGUCGAGGCGGCCUCUGGUGUCCAGGUUACUGUCACCCUCUGCCCUCAGCUGCCUCCGCCCCUCCCCGUUCUGUACUAGAAGCCCCCACGCGGAGCACCCGCGGGGGGCUUACGCACACCGUGCCACUUAACCCUUGAGCGGAGGGUCCCUGGUGGACACAGCCAGCAUGUCCUUCCUGGGGACACCGAGGGACAUCGGAGCAGGAACGUCCGUCCCCUUUGUCCGUCCCCUUUCGCGUUCCGGGCGGGUUGAGAGGGGCAGGAAAACCCCUGGAAAGCUAGCCAGCCCCAGAGAGGGGGUUUGCGUUUUGAGGGGAAGUGUGUCCAUGAAAAUGUGGCACCAGCACCAGGUGGGACUGGCUGGCGGAGAGGGGCUGUACCUCCGAGGACUGGUCGGGGUCGGGGGUGGGGGGGUGGAAUGCUCUUACAGGCAGGACAGCUGGCUGGCUGGCGAUGGCGUAGUUCAAGUCCCCCGGGAAUUACCUGCUCAGGGACACGCUUCCCUGUUUAAGUCAAUGCCAAUUGGCGUUAACGACAGAAUCUCUCCAAGCCUCGGUUUACCCGUCUGGUGGGGAGAAGCUGGAGCUGAUCAGAAGGUCUUCCGGGGGUCCCUGCCUCCUUCGAGACGCCUCAGGCCCCAGGAGGGGCAGUAGGAGGACUUGGGUGGGGAGAGGCGGGCGGGGCGGGCCUGGGCUGUGGCCCCGACACACGGAACCCGGACCGCGGCUUUCACCUGUUUCCUCGGCUUCGCUGUAGGGUUUUAGCAGGAGGAGGAGCGAGCGAAGAGUGAAACCCGCCGGCUGAGGCCUCAAGUCUCAGCCGGCGACGGGGUGACCGAGGCCGUCCGCGCAGCUAGGCACCCACACCCCGCCAGCUUACUUUCAGGGUGUGCCCACCGCGUGAGCCGUGGGGGCGGCCCCGUGUGUGGCCCCCACCUGUCUGUCUGAACAUCCAGGUGUUAGAAGGUUACGGCCGCGUUGCCGCCACGGCAGAGCUCAGUCCACGUCUGCUGCCACACGACGUGGAUGAGGACGAAACCAGCGGCACGGCAACUCACCGCGAAAAAGUGGAGACUCGUCAUCUGACUUGAGACGGCGUAGAGACACUUCCAGAAACCACAGAGGCUGCGCGAGCCCGCGGGCGCCGUGCUGCGCACACGGGCCCGCCCCGCUCCGGCCCGCACCGUCCGUACGAGGACGUGUCCUCUCCCUCCGAGGGCCGUGAGCCUGGGCUGCCCGCCUCGAACCAGGAUUUUCCACCCAGAGGACACCAGAGACGCGGCUUGGCCACGAGGGCACGUAGAGCGUGUGGCGCCUCCCUCCAGCCCGGGAAGCGCGGGGGACGCAGGAGCGGCCGGAAGCCGAGACGCGAGGGGGGUCCAGGCCCCGGGCAGCGCUGUCAGCUGCUCCAGCACCGGCCCUUUCCGGGGUCCGGGGUCCAAUCAACAGAGUGGAAAGAAGUUGGAAAUGCGAACUUGCUGGAUGUCUGAUGUUAAGACGGCUCCGUUUCCAGGUGCGGGCCACCUGUCGUGAGCUCUUCCAGCGGGUGUGCGAUGUGACCAGCAUCAAAGAAGCCCACUUCUUUGGCCUCAGCGUGGUCAGAGACAACGAGUUCAUGUUCAUGGAUUUGGAGCAGAAGAUCAGCAAGUACUUCCCCAAGGACUGGAAGCGGCAAGUGCACAAAGGUGGGAGGCCCCGCGCGCCCUUCGUGAGCUUCCUCAGGGUGCAGUACUACGUGGAGGACGGCAGGGUCAUAAGGGACAAGACGGCCAGGCACCUGUACUGCUGCCACCUGAAGGAGCGUGUGCUGAGGUCCGAGUGCACCCACCGCGAGGAGGCCUACUUCCUGCCGGCCGCCUACGGGCUGCAGGCCGACCUGGGCAACCACCGGGAGCUGGUCCACGUGGGGAGGUACUUCGAGCCGGAAGCCUACUUUCCGCGGUGGGUCAUUGCCAAGAGGAGCAGCGCGUACAUCCUCAGGCACGCGCCCGCCGUGCACCGUGAGCAGCGGGGCCUCGACCCCAAGGAGGCAGUGCUGCGCUUCAUCAGGGAGGCCUGCCGGCUCGAGGACGUGCCCGUCCACUUCUUCAGGCUGUACAAGGAUAAGAAGGAGGACAGGCCUACCAUCGUCCUGGGACUGACCCUCAAGGGAAUGCAAGUCUAUCAGGAGGCAGACCACGCUCCCAAGCUGCUCUAUGACUUCCCCUGGUCCCACAUCGGGAAGCUGGUGUUUCUGGGGAAAAGGCUGGAGAUCCAGCCAGACGGGCCGCCGUCGGCACGGAAGCUGGUGUAUCACACGGGCUGCGCCUCGCGCUCCGGCCACCUGCUGCGGCUCACGCUGCGACCCACCCUGCGAGGCUGCGGCAGCUGGAGGAGGCAGAAGGUGGGCCCCGGCCGUGGCCGGGCCCCGGGGGGCCGCCCGGGCUGCUUCUGGGCGCCUUUCAUGUUUCCCACUGGGGGGCGCGGCCUCUUGGCUCCUGUGUCCUCUGGAAGGGGGGAGGAGGCCGAUUCUGAGGACGGGGCCUGGGGACAGUUUGGAUUCUGGGAAGGAAUUCUCUAGGUGUGGCAGGAAGGCUGAGGGGCUGGGGGACUCCUGGGCUCCCUGGCCAUGCACACACGAGCGUGCGCGUGUGCCCGUGCACUUGUGAGCAUGUCCGCUCGCGUGCGGGGGCUGCUUGGGGUCCCUGACACUGGGGACGGUGGGACAGCCCCUGGGAGCCAUUACAAAGGCACGUAUCCGGAGCUUACUGGCUGUGGGUGACAAAUGCCACGGGUACACAGGGCCCCGAUCCCUGAGUGGCACUUCCCUCCCCUCACACUGCGUCCCCUGGGCCUCAGCGCCAGCCGGGGGGUGUGGGCAGGAUCCCGGGGCCACCGCUGGGACCCUGUGGCUCCAGGCAUGUGAGACUGCACCUGUGUCCCCUCCGAGCCCGCUCUUCCCCGCUGUGCCUCCUGUCCCCACACAGAGAAGCAGCACUACCGGGAGUCCUACGUCAGCGACACGCCGGACCUGGACCGAGACCCGGGUGACAAGGGCUCCCCGGGCUCCCCCCACAGCGGGGGUGGUGGCCGGCAGCUGCCGGAGCACCCGUCCCUUGGCUCGGCUGACAGCGGCAGUAGCCCCCGCUUGCGAGGCAUCGAGGCAGACGCUGGGCCCGCAGAGCCCUGGGAGGUGUCGGUGGACGAGCCCUGGGGCACCGAGGCCGUGCGUGGGGAGGCGCCACCUUGCAGCCCCAGCACCAGCCAGAGGAGCCAUGGCACAGACGGUGGCCGCGGAGGCGGGCGCGAGGGGGAGGCCCAGGACCGGGGAGACGCCUCUUGUAAGGAGCCCUUGGCGGCCGUGCAGGUCGGGCUGAUCAGGACGUGGGGCUGCAGCGCGGAGGCCCUGCACCAGAUCCCAGAGGCAGAUCCGCACUGCCACGGCCUGGACCAUGCACCACUGGGACCCUGCAGAGUGAGGUCCUCGAAAUGCCUCUCCCUGGUCCUGUGCAGGGAGGACCAGCUCCCAGAAGAGUUUGUGGUGUAGACACCCAGAGGUGUGACUCUGCACGUAGGGCUCAUCCACAUGGCACGGCUUGUCCACCCGGGGCUCCGUCUACACAGCACGGCCUGUCCACGGGGGGCUCAUCCACAUGGCACGGCUCGUCCAUGGGGGGCUCAUCCACACGGCACGGCUCGUCCACGGGGGGCUCCAUCUACACAGCACGGCCUGUCCAUGUGGGCUCUAUCUACACGGCACGGAUGCAUCCACGUGGCAGGGCUUGGUCCACAGUCCCUGGCCCCCACCCUUUUGUGCGCUGGAGGCCCCGCCACCGCCCUGUUGACUGAGACCCUCCUCCUAUGGGUUCACCCGCCAGCCGUAUGGAGAAGCCUGGAGGGAGUAGGAGGACCUGCUUCUCGUGCCCGCCAUGAUGGGUCCGGACUCCUUCUGUCUUAGUGUCAGGAGGCAGAAGUCAAGGCAUGGCCACCCCGUCUGCAGGUGGCUCGGGGCGGCCCCCACCCAUCCACCCUGGAAGGAAGAUGUUGGCUGUUCCCGCGUGUGGGAGAGACCCUUCCGGUUCCCUCUGCACGGAACCCCCCCCACCCCCCCGUGGACGGCCAGACCAGGUGCACAGCCUUCUGGGAGCCUUUGACCCAAGGUCACGGUCACCUGUCACGGCACCGGCCCCAGCUUCCUCUAGACCGUUCCGCCGCCCCUGCUGCUCACGAUCCCGGAGGCCUCUCUGUGAGGGCUCCAAGUCUGGAGUCGCAGCGGCACGUGGAUGCCUGGUCCCUGCGGGGCCUACGGAGCCCCAGAGGCGGCUGGGCCAUCCCGAGAAGCCAGGAUGCAGAUUCUGAAUGUUCCUGGCCCUGCCUCCCAAGACCGAGCUGAGCGUCCUGUCCCUUUCCAGCAGAGGUCACGCGGGUCACUGACCCGCCGUCCCAGGGGCAGCCGGGGCUCCGCAGCGCGGGUCACCCGUUAUGGCUCAGAAGGCGGCGGGUGAGAUAGGGCAGGGUGGGGACUUGACCCAGCCGCCCCCUCGGCCCGGACCCAAGCUCCACGUCUGGGGCUGGAGAGACUUCCGGGCUUCGCGCGGCCUUCCCGAUUGGGCGGAGGUUUACAGGUCAUGCCGUGGCGGGUCCUGGAAAAGUGUGCUUCUGAGGGACAGCACCCUGCCCUCGGGGCUGUGCCAUCGGUGCGUUGAGAGGCCGUGAGCAGGCAGCACGUGACGGCAGGUGCGUGGCCCCGGCCCCAGCCUCAGCGGCCAGCUUGGGGUUGGAGCACCGGGGCAGGAGAACCACGCCAGCCUCCACAGGCUGGGAGGACAGAGGCGGGGCGGCCUCCCGGGGCCGGGGCACGCUCCCCUCCCCAGGUCCAGGCCCGGCUGCCAGGUGGCCUUCCCGCGGCCAGCCGCCACCUGGAUGGAGCGGAGUCGUUGGCGGAGGGGGUGCGCGUCAGCAGCCUGGCGGCCCGUGUCCCCGGAGGAAGGCCGGGCUGGCGCUGCGUCCUGGCCGCCUCCCGACCCCAGGUGGGCCCCUGCCUCCCGUCCAGAGACCUGAGCGGGCGCUGGGAGCAGGUGCGGUGCGAGAGGGGUGGUAACAGGCCCUGAGCCUGACGGGUGUUAGGGUGCGGCUCGUUUUACCCGGGCCCCUCCCGCCUCUGCCCUGCACAGGAUCUGACACCUGCUGUCCCCUUGAUCAGGUGGACUGGCGUGUGCCCGUCUGGUAGUCCCGAGCACUCAGCGGGUGACUGGAAGCCCGCUGCCACUGGGUGACUGGAAGCGAGGCCCUGUGCCUGUGACAUCACCCAUCUCCCGUGCUCGUGCGCCGAAGCCACACCGGCACGGCCAGCUCAGGCUCAUUUUGGAGACAGAGGGCAGAACUUGAGCCCGUGUGUGUGUGUGUGCACACGUGUGUGGGGCACAUGCGCAGGUGGGUCCACAUGUACACACAUGUAUGUGCGAGUGUGUCCGUGCACGCACACAUAUGUGCAUGGGUCCACACCUAUGUGUACAUGCGUGCAUGCACGCACGGGACCGUGUGCGCAUGUGUGGGUCCGUGUGCACAUGCAUGUGCACGUGUGUGGGUCCGUGUGUGCACGCACACAUGCACACGGCAAGUCUGAUGCCGCCCGGGCUGGGCUUCCUGACCUUUUCUGUGAAAGGAAAUCUGGGUGUGUGCACACUGGCACGUGUAAUAAAGGACCUAAAUACA